CAUGGAUAGGGUAGAGGUAUAUACCUCUUCAGGUAGGUCGUGUACUUAGCGUGUUAUUUUAAACGCUACUUACAUCCUAGCAUACCUAACCUCUUGAUAUGAGGUCUCUCUCGAGUAUCACCGAUCUCCAUCGUCAUCAUCGCUGUCGUUGUCUCCAAUAGAGAGCUAUCAUUCAAGGUCGGUUUCUCGACUCCCAUGCUAAAUGUCGUUUAGGUCGAUAUGGGGGCAGGUCAAGCGUGAGCGGCAGCGCUUCGGUAGAUUCGGCUUCCAACUCUUCGCAUUCGCGACAUGGAUUCCCGUGGUCGCCAUGUUUAACCACUACGUCGGCGAGCUCGCGUGGAUUAAUGGCCCCUCGAUGUAUCCGUUCCUGAACGCGGAGAAGGACCAGACAACACGGAAGGACGUAGUGGUUAACUACAAGCUCAAUGCGCAAUAUGACUUACGGCGAGGCAUGAUUGUCACCUUCUGGAACCCAUACGAUCCAGAGCUGGUGACCGUCAAGAGGAUUGUCGGACUCGAAGGCGACAUCAUAAAGACGAGAAAUCCAUAUCCAUAUCCUACCGUCCGAGUGCCCCGUGGGCACGUCUGGGUCGAGGGCGACGGUGGUGAACGCCUAAGCCGAGACAGCAACGACUACGGACCGAUCUCGACGAAUCUCAUCAUCGGGAAGGUCACCCAUGUCCUCUGGCCGCUACACAGGUUUGGUAGGGUACGUUGGUGGGAAUAUGCCGGAAACAUCAGGAACUAGAAAUUCGACGCCAAUAGAUCCCUACCCAAGUGAGAUGUAUUAUACUACUACGUACCUAAUGCAAGCAUACACAUGCCAUGUCCCGGGUUGGGUAUUUCAUGCUUGGUAUUGGAAUAGCUAGGUGCGGAAUACCUAGCUGUAGUGGGGCUGCCUUCAACCACUUACCUUAUGAGUAAACACGUUAGAAAGGGAAUAGAAUAACCCUUAUAAUUACAUAUGCAGAAU